UUUUUUUUUUCCUACAUAAAUAGCUACAAAGCUUGACUCACCGCACAUUUUCUCUCUUCUUCAUCUUCUACAUACCCUUUUCUCUCCUCUGGUUUCUCCUCCACCAUGUCUACAGAUCAUGAAUCACGUCAAGAUUUGCCAAGAAUUCAAGUCCCUCCCAUCAAGAUUCAAACCCUAGGAUCUUGCAGCACGUCGGAGGACCUUCGUGACGAUGUAAUUCAACAAGAAAACGGUGACGAAUGUCGAACUCCGACAUCUGAGGAACACAAGAUUCCUGCCAUCUUAAGUUGUCCGCCGGCGCCACGGAAACCGAGGAGAAGGACGGUUUUACGCAAAAGGAAGUUGUCGGAGUUUGAAUUCUUUGAGAUCGUGAACCGCCAGGAAGUGGAAUCUUUCUUUGGGUCAAGCUUUGAGGUAGUUGCACCUGCAAAGAAGAGAUCAUGCCCCUGUAAAUGAUACGGGACAUUUUUACUCUCUCUGGCUCAACUUAGAAAAUAUAUUUUAUAUUAUAAUUUUGAGUUAUACAAAUAUAAAAAAUAUAACUCUACUUACAUCAUUUCUUAUUUAAUUUUGUAAUUUUCUUAAUAAUAUUUAAAACUUACUAUAAAUUCUUAUUUAUUUUUAUUUUGUAAUAAUGUAUAUUAAUGAUUAUAAAAAUUAAAAAUGACAUUUAAAAUAUUUGUUA